UCGCGUUACCGUGCACCUUUCGGCUGUUAGAAGUACAUACAUUGAGAGAAAAAAUUUUAUUUUACAUAUUUUGAAAAUAUAUGGGCCACCAAAAUUUUAAAUCCAAUGUUUAAUUCACCACAAAUCAAUUUAUUUGGUAAUGGAAGUAAUUUUUUCUCUCAUGGUAUUAAUUUAUAAUUAUGAGCCGAUUGUCAGUAGUUUUUAUCGCUCAUUGGUACAUCAACCGGUGAAUUUGCCACUUGAUGAGGCGGAAUCAAGUUGGAACUCUUAACAUUUUCAUUAUCGUUGAUGAUUAUUAUCAGCCUGGAAACGCCGCGCCUCGAGAUACGAGUCAGUCGCAGCUGAGACGGGUUUGUGAAUUCUUCCUCGCUUGAGGGAAGAAGUUUCUCGGGUUCAGCAAAUUUUUCGUCAUUUCCGGAGACCUCAGUUGGUGGUGAAGGCGUAAAACAAGUUGAAUUGAGCUUGAAAAAUGAAGAAAAAUCGCCAUUUUGUCCCAGUAGUUGCCUAAAAUCGUCACCUCGUCAACUGAGUCGUCCAAAACAUAAUUCUCAUUUGAAGAUAUUUUCCUUAUUCUCGCAGUGAGUGUUGUUCAUGUAUUAAUAAUCAUUACGUAAUCAACUCCCUAUGAAAGAUGUUGAUCCAUUCAGUGGAACAAAAGAUUGGCUGAUGUGAACUUGAAAUUUAUUUGAUAAUAAUAAUCUACAGAUCGAUGAGUCGACGAUAACCAGUUGAAAAAUGUCAUGUAGAAGAAAAAUCGACUCUAAACUCUCCCUCGAUUAUACAGCGAUGGAGACAGAAGUCCGCACCCUGAAGCAGGAGCUCAGCCGUACCCGUGACGCCUUAAAAUCGGCAACAAAGCGUUGUCGUGAAUUAGUCCGGGAGCUAGACUCUCUAACGGUGUGUCACGAAUCCGAGCGAAACUUGCGGGAUCAGCAGCUCUCUAAAAUCCUCCGUGCCCUCCUAGUUCUCGAGUCACGACUACGACAGGAGCAAAAAUCAAUCAGACAGCAGUUAUGCGAGAAGGACAAUGUCAUCAAGAAUCAGCAGUUGGAGAUUGCCAAGUUGAGACGAUACACAAAGAAUUACAUAAAGAGUAAAAGGGAACAGGGAUUGUGCAAGAGCCCCUCGACACCGGAGACUAUAGAAACUCCUGGAGAUCAGGAGGCCGAUAUUACUCGCUUUGACAAUGGUCUUGGGAACGAUAUUCAGAGGUUGAAGAGAGAAAUUAUUACGAAAUUCAGUGGUGGUGAUGACGAGAUGAGGAGUUGUGUCAGGAAGACUGACAGUUUUGCGGGAAGUGAUGUCUCCAAGGAGAGCCUAACGAGCAGUGAAAAUACUGAUGGAUCCAUUGUGACAACAACCACCGAUGGAAGUCCAUCGCUAAUAAGCACUGAGGGCUUUUGCGAGGGUGAGAGCAGUGACAUCUCACCUGGCUCGACUCUCAACAAAUCCACCAGGCAAAUUCGAAACAACUCGGACAGCGACAGCGAGGGCAGAACCGUUUUGGAGAAUCUGGGGGAUGACAACGCCAUUGGGAGGAGGAGGGUGGGGGUCGUGAGGAAGGAUCCCCUGGUCAUCUUUGACAAUCAAGUAACCAAGAUGACGAGGAGCGACAGCAAGGAUGACGGCAUGGACUGUAAUUUUGUGUCUGGUGACGAAGAAGAGGGCGAACCCAUUUAUGUGAAUUCUUACAACAACAAUAACCAGAGGAAUCUCAGGGAAAAUGAAACAGAAUUCCUUGAUGACAGCCAUAAUAAUAAUAAUAAUAAUAACAAUACCAAUAAUAAUGGACUAUCGAAAAUAGACUCUGGUGAGAAGCUCCCGGAGGAAACCAGCGGCAACUGGUACAGCGAUCCCGACGAGGAUCGAAUUGCAGACGACAUAAUUCGUCACAACACCUAUCGCCCCAACAGCAAUCACAAUUCCGUUCUGGAGUGCGUGAACCAGAUUCUCCUCCGGGACAUGGAGGAUGAGGAGACAAUUCUCUCGGUCUCACGAAAGUUCAAACACCGUGGAAGAAUCGUGAGUUUUCAACCGGCCCGUUUAUCGGACAUUGAGUCCGUUGGUUCGGAAAUGGAGCGGAGAAAUUCCGAGGAGGGGACCCCCGAGAAAGACCUCGAGGCUUGCUCCGAGGAUGAAUACGGUAUGAAGAUUCCCCACUCAAGCCACCUUAUUCCUUCUGGGAGUGCCACUGAAUCGAGUCCAGAGGACGAGCUCGACGAGAACUCGUCGACCCGAGCAAUUCCCAUCGUAAUAAUCGAGCCGAACCUGUCGACAACUCCUAGAAAUCCCUCGGCCUCCCCAGAGCUCUCCUUAAAAUCGAGAUCCUCCCCCUCUCCUAUCCUACGACUCGAGAGGAUCGAGGAGAAAACCUGUCUCUCAAUGUCCUCGAAGGGUCUCACAAUAGCCAAGAACCUGGAUUACGAGGACAUCGAGUCCCUCCCCGAGGUCAUCUCCCCUCCUCCCAAGACACCCCCGGCCCUCCCACCGAAGCCCCAGUUCAAGAACAAUACGUUGAUCCUGAAGAAAAUCCCCAGUCCUUCGUUCCUGAUCGACGAGACUCGUAAGAAGCAUCCCCAGGGAAGUGAGACCCCAGCCUACGUCAAGAGGAUCUUCGGGAUCACUGGGACUCCGACGAAGCCUCCAAUCCCAACUGCGAGGAGUCUGAACUUCAAGGAAACCCCUCGAAAGUCGAACGUCGAUAAUGGAAAUGUGAAACCAGGUGGAAAGGCGGUGAACAACGACGAGAGUGACCCUCCCAGAGUGACGAACAUCGUCAAGCAUUUCGAGGAGUUUAAAAUCGGCGAGAGUGACAAGACUAAGGAGACUGCAAAGGGAAAACCUGUGGAACUGGAGGAGAUGGACAUCAGGCAGAAUUUCGAGGAGUUUAAUUUGGAUGAGUGCGACCUGUCGGACGAUCCUGACAGGCCUGAGGGGGACGGCUCAGAGAGACUGACUAAUGGAGUCUUCAGUCGGCAGGAGAGUGUCAAGGAUAAUAACAAUGGAGACAGUGGAAAUUCCAAUGGAAUUUACGAUCACUUCCUCGAGGCCACGGGACUCAGCACCAAGUCCAUUUUGACGCCUUCGAGGCUGCUCAGCAAUCACAAGAGUAUGCUGAAGCCGAAGGAUGUCAAGUACAAGAGCAAGAUCAAGGCGACUGGGGGAAUGGAGAAGAGUGGAAAUCAGACGCAGGUCAGGCACUGGACGGGACCUUUUGUAUGAUGACUGGUGGCGUCGGUGUUUGGAAGUCCACCGACGAGUCCCAAGAGGUUCAGGGAGAAGAGGUUGAGAGCGUGGGAGGAUUAACUCAAAGUGCUGGCACGAGAGGAGUCUUUGGGGGGCACUUUCUUCCAGGGGGGAACGAGCCACAGAAAAUAUUUUUAAAAAAAUAUUACCAACUCCCUGCAACUGCAAGAUAUCCAGAAAACAUUGAAGACUGAGUGAAAUUAACUCAUCUCGUUCCACCACACAAUUAAAAAAUCAAUUACUUUUCCCCUUUCCCAGAAGCAUUAGCGGUUAUUUCGCAACUCUCAGUGUUUGAAUUACCGCAUAGUAUUAUACAAUAAUGAACAACGUGAAAAGAUCUUUAUGAAAGUAUUGUAAUUAAAUAAACCCUGUUUUUUCUAUUGUAAAUUUCACAUUGUAUUGUUAUAAAUAUGAAGGGAGGAUGAAAUAAGGAAUAAGAGACGUUUGAAAAAAGAAA